CAAGCUGCCAGGCUGUAAAUCAAACACAUAGUUAAUUAUACCUGUUAAACAACAGCUUAAGGAAAAUCUUUCAUUAUGUUGGCAGCAUUUUGAAUUUGUUAACAACAGUUGUUUUUUAUGAUUAUUAUUCUGAGUAUAUACUGCUGGAUCUCUUAUCAUUUUGAAUAAAUAACACAAAAGGUGUCCUGUAUCUUGGCAGACUUGGGCAAUGCAUGCUUUUACUCUGAGUCUGAUUUUGUGAGUCAUACAAUUAUGUGGUAAAAAAUAGGUUGACUAAAAAAAUACUUCUCAUCUUCAUUUACAUUGAUGAAUUGCUCACAGGCAGAGUGGCGGCCGCGUGACCUCUCAGCUCUCAUGAUGAGUUGCGAACAUGCUGUGAAUGAGUCAGUUAAGCAUAUACUGCGACUUGUGAUGAGAAUCUGUAUAUUACUUGUUCAUACUUUGGUGAAUAAAAGAAGAGGUGCCGAGCCAAAUAUUCACAAUAUGUUGAAAAUGCUGCAAUGCUCCUUAACCCCAGUCCUGUUAAUACGUGGUUCGAGAGGAUUAGCAUCAUGGUGAUCCUGCUCAACUGUGUGACACUGGGCAUGUACCAGCCCUGUGAGAACAUCGACUGCACCUCGGACCGCUGCCAGAUACUGCAGGCCUUCGAUGCAUUCAUCUACAUCUUCUUUGCAUUGGAGAUGGUGGUAAAGAUGGUGGCUCUUGGAAUCUUUGGCCGUCGCUGUUACCUGGGAGACACCUGGAACAGGCUGGACUUCUUCAUCGUCAUGGCUGGGAUGGUAGAGUACUCACUGGACCUGCAGAACAUCAACCUAUCCGCCAUAAGGACGGUGCGGGUCCUUCGGCCCCUCAAAGCCAUCAACAGAGUGCCAAGUAUGCGUAUCCUGGUGAACCUGCUGCUGGACACUCUACCCAUGCUGGGCAACGUGCUACUGCUCUGCUUCUUUGUCUUCUUCAUCUUCGGGAUCAUUGGCGUGCAGCUGUGGGCGGGGCUACUGCGGAACCGCUGCUACCUUGAAGAGAACUUCACUCUCUCUUCAGGUAUGGCCCUACCACCUCCGUACUACCAGCCGGAGGAGGAUGAUGAACGACCCUUCAUUUGCUCCCUGGCGUCUGAUAACGGCAUCAUGUCAUGUAGUGACGUGCCGGCGAGGCGCGAAGGAGGCCGCACGUGCUGCCUGGAUAAGGAGGACGCGCUCCACAGACAUGCUCUGGGCCUGAGUCCUGAGCCCAUGGCAAACGGUAGUGGUGCUGGUGAUGCAAUGGGUCUGUGCAUCAACUGGAACCAGUAUUACACUCGCUGCCACACGGGGAGUAGUAACCCCCACAAAGGUGCCAUCAACUUUGACAACAUUGUCUACGCCUGGAUAGUAAUUUUUCAGGUGAUCACUCUGGAGGGCUGGGUAGAGAUCAUGUAUAAUGUAAUGGAUGCCCAUUCCUUCUACAACUUCAUCUACUUCAUCUUACUCAUCAUUAUUGGUUCAUUCUUCAUGAUCAACCUGUGCCUGGUGGUUAUUGCCACUCAGUUCUCGGAGACCAAACAGCGGGAACACCAGCUGAUGCAGGAGCAAAGGGCGCAAUGCCUGUCCUCCUCCACCCUGGCCAGCAUGGCUGAGCCAGGAGAUUGCUAUGAGGAGAUCUUCCAGCUGGUCUGCCAUGUCCUCCGCAAGGCUAAGAGGAGAUCGGCAGCUCUCUACUACACGCUGAGGGGCAAGCCCCCGCCUGCUGGUGGAGGCAGGGGCAACAGGCGUGGUGGAGGGAAUGUGAAUGGAGAGCGCCACCAUUCAAGGCACCCAAAAUUAUCCCACUGUCCACACCAAAGCAAGCAAGACCAUGGCUCUCAACCACUAGCCAACUCCAUCAGUCUGGCUGUGCCUGAGAAUCCCGAGGACUGCCCUAUAUGUGCAUUAGCAUUAAAAGAGGGUGCAAGGGCUGUGGGAGACUCCGCCAACGGGGAGGAAGAUGAGGAGGAUACUGUGAAGGAGACGAGCAAGGAGGAGAACCACUUAGAGGAGAGGGGAGAUGGAGAGAGGAAGAAGAAGAAGAAGAAGAAGACAUGCUUUAGAUAUUGUAAGGACAUUUGGAAUGGUAUGAGGAGGAGACUGUGGGGCAUUGUGGAGAGCAAGUACUUCAGCAGGGGCAUCAUGAUCGCUAUUCUCAUCAACACCAUCAGUAUGGGCAUCGAACAUCAUAACCAGCCUGACGAGUUGACAAAUGUCCUGGAAAUCUGCAACAUUGUCUUCACCAGCAUGUUCACCCUGGAGAUGAUCCUUAAGCUGACCGCUUUUGGCUUCUUUGAGUACCUGAGGAACCCCUAUAACAUCUUUGACGGCAUCAUUGUCAUCAUCAGUGUGUGUGAGAUCAUCGGCCAGGCAGACGGUGGCUUGUCAGUGCUGAGAACCUUCAGGCUGCUCAGGGUCAUCAAGCUGGUGAGGUUCAUGCCUGCGUUGAGGCGGCAGCUGGUGGUGCUGAUGAAGACGAUGGACAACGUAGCCACCUUCUGCAUGCUGCUCAUGCUCUUUAUCUUCAUAUUCAGUAUCCUGGGGAUGCAUAUUUUCGGUUGUAAGUUCAGUCUGAAGACAGAGGCAGGAGACACAGUGCCUGACAGGAAGAACUUUGACUCCCUGCUCUGGGCCAUCGUCACUGUCUUUCAGAUUCUGACCCAGGAGGACUGGAACAUGGUGCUGUACAAUGGCAUGGCCUCCACCUCGCCCUGUGCUGCCCUCUACUUUGUAGCUCUUAUGACUUUUGGAAACUACGUGCUCUUCAAUUUACUGGUUGCCAUCUUGGUAGAGGGUUUCCAAGCUGAGGGAGAUGCAAACCGCUCUUACUCAGAUGAUGACAGGUCUUCCUGCAAUUUUGAGGAGAAUGAUAAGCAGAAAGACUCUCUGCAUGUUUCAGACCCAAAGAUCUGUACACUGACCCCUAAUGGGCACCUGGACAUGUCUCCACUGCCUGCUGGUCUGUUUCCAGGAGAGAGACUGACCUUUGCUCUCAGCUCCAGGAAGAACAGUGUUAUUUCUCUUGGCAGGGCCAACCUGGAGCAGAAGGCUGUGUAUCCAGGUCGGAGUUACCACAACUGGGGCCGCCCACUGGCUCCCCAGCCUCAGGCUUUGUGGGCCCGUCGUUCCAGCUGGAACAGCCUGGUAGGAUGCCACCCCUGUUCCUCCUCAUCUCCCUCCGCUAGUCCAGCCUUCACACCCACCUCUGCAAGGCCUUUCUAUGGCUACGGCCUGGGGGGUCUGGGAGGGGUGGUUGGAGGAAGCCUUCGUAUCCGGGGUCCUCGUGCCUCUUCACCGCCCCCGCACCACCACCUCCACCAUGCCCAUCCAGACGAGGCAGAAUCUCUUCUCUCUCCUCCUGCUGUUGCUCCCCACGCUCUUCACCUUCCCCAUCCUAUGCUCCCGGGCCAUUUUGUACCCAGGAGGGACCGCAGAGCUCUAUCACUAGAGCUGCCCCACCUGCUGCAGGUCCCAGGAGCCCCACACCCUCCGCCGCCACCACACCACCUGCUGCCUCAGAGGAAGAAGAGCUUCUCUGGGGGGAUGGUAAUCAGUGGAGGUGGUGGCGGUGGGCUCGAUACUCUGGGUGGUUUAGGAGUGGUGCACCAAGACUGUAACGGGAAGACUCCACUGUCGCAGCUUUUCCAGCCACCUCCUAGACACCCGACUGAGCAGGCCGGAGGGGCAAACAACCAGAGCCAGCUGAUGGCUGAAGUCUUCCCCCAGGUUAACACACGCAGCAAGGACCAGGAGGACCUGGACGAUGAUAUUGAAUAUAGUUUGUGCUUCCGCAUCCAGAAGAUGUUAGAAGCAUACAAACCAGACUGGUGUGAGACCAGAGAGGACUGGUCUGUCUUCCUGUUCUCCCCACAGAACAGGUUCAGACAGAUAUGCCAGUCCAUCAUAGCCCACAAGCUGUUUGACUAUGUGGUGUUGGCCUUCAUCUUCUCCAACUGCAUCACAGUGGCUCUGGAGAGGCCCAAAAUACUACAGGGCAGCUUGGAAAGAGUAUUUCUCACCAUCUCCAACUACAUCUUUACUGCCAUCUUUGUGGGCGAGAUGACACUCAAGGUGGUUUCCAUGGGUCUCUAUAUGGGUGAACAGGCUUAUUUGCGGAGCAGCUGGAACAUCCUGGAUGGCUUCCUGGUUUUUGUGUCUUUGAUUGACAUAGUUGUGUCCAUGGCGGGUGGGGCUAAGAUCCUGGGUGUACUUAGAGUACUCAGGCUGCUCAGAACAUUGCGUCCCCUCAGAGUGAUUAGCAGAGCUCCAGGUCUGAAACUGGUGGUGGAGACCCUCAUCACUUCACUCAAACCCAUCGGCAACAUCGUCCUCAUCUGUUGUGCUUUCUUUAUCAUCUUCGGCAUUCUCGGGGUUCAGCUGUUUAAAGGCAAAUUCUUCUACUGCUUCGGCCCCGAUGUCAAAAACAUCACCAACAAGUCUGACUGUCUGCAAGCCAACUAUAAGUGGGUCCACCAUAAGUACAACUUUGACAACCUGGGACAGGCUCUGAUGUCCCUUUUUGUACUCGCCUCGAAGGACGGCUGGGUAAACAUCAUGUAUCAUGGUCUGGAUGCUGUGGCCGUGGACCAACAGCCGGUGACCAACAACAACCCAUGGAUGCUGCUGUAUUUCAUCUCCUUCCUCCUCAUUGUCAGCUUCUUUGUCCUCAACAUGUUUGUUGGCGUGGUGGUGGAGAACUUUCACAAGUGCCGCCAGCACCAAGAGGUGGAGGAGGCCAAGAGGCGAGAGGAGAAGCGACAGCGGCGCAUGGAAAAGAAGAGGAGAAAGGCCCAGAAGCUGCCCUACUUCGCCAGCUAUGGCCACAUGCGCCUGAUGAUCCACACACUGUGCACAAACCACUACCUGGACCUCAUCAUCACCUUUAUCAUCUGCAUCAACGUCAUCACCAUGUCCCUCGAGCACUACAAUCAACCUCAUUCGCUGGAUCUCGCCCUGAAGUACUGCAACUAUUUCUUCACCUCCACUUUUGUGCUGGAAGCAAUACUCAAACUCAUCGCCUUCGGCUUCCGCCGCUUCUUCAAAGACAGGUGGAACCAGUUGGACCUGGCCAUUGUGCUUCUAUCAGUGAUGGGCAUCACCCUGGAGGAGAUUGAGAUCAGUUCCGCUCUGCCCAUCAACCCCACAAUCAUCAGGAUCAUGAGAGUACUGAGGAUAGCACGAGUUCUGAAGCUGCUGAAGAUGGCAACAGGAAUGAGAGCCCUGUUGGAUACGGUGGUCCAAGCCCUGCCUCAGGUGGGUAACCUGGGCCUGCUCUUUAUGCUACUGUUUUUCAUCUACGCCGCCUUAGGAGUAGAGCUUUUUGGAGAACUUGUAUGCAAUGAAGACUACCCAUGUGAGGGUAUGAGUCGUCACGCUACUUUUGAGAACUUUGGCAUGGCCUUCCUUACGUUGUUUCAAGUCUCCACGGGCGACAACUGGAAUGGCAUUAUGAAGGACACAUUGCGGGAGUGCCCACCAGACCAUGGCACAGAUGUGGACUACGCCUGCAAUCCAAGCCUUCAGUUUAUCUCGCCCAUGUACUUUGUCUCCUUCGUGCUCACCGCCCAGUUCGUGCUCAUCAACGUGGUGGUGGCCGUGCUGAUGAAGCACCUGGACGACUCCAACAAGGAGGCCGCAGAGGAGGCGGAGAUGGAUGCAGAAAUUGAGCUGGAGCUGGCCCAGGGCACCCUCUGUUGCAUGGGCGCCCCCAGCUGCGGGGGUGGGGGGGGUGAGAAAGGACUAGUGGCAGCUGCAUCGGGACCCGGAUGCGCAGCGGGGGGAAAGGAAAGAGGAGGCGUAAGAGGAGAGAGGGGAGAAAGAGUGAGGAGGAUGCGACACACAGAAGCCACCGCGCACCCUGGAGCGUACAAUUCCCAGACCCUGUACUCACCAGCACAAGAGAGCCAGUGGUUGGACAGCGUCUCUCUCCUGAUCAAGGAUACGUUAGAGGGGGAGAUGCUGAUGAUCGACAACCUCUCCGGUUCUGUCUUCCACCACUACUCCUCUCCUCCACCUAUCUGCAAAGACUGCAAGGGCCACCCACAAGAGCAGAUCAGGAUGGCAGAGAUUGAGCAGGCAUCGCUGAAGUCAGAGCAACUCUCAGACAAGUCCUCAUCCCCUGCCCUGCCAGAUGACCUCAGCCUGGACGAACAUACUGCCUACCAGCUGCUGGCACGAGAGGGCAAGGGAAGGUGCAGCAGCGACUCCCACAGCUCCGAGGAAGCUGCAGGUGGAGGAGGUCGUGUAGGAAUCCACCAGACUCAGACCGUAGUGCAGAGCCAGGUGCAGGGGUUCGGCCAGCUGUGCAGGGCCCUUAGCAAUGGUGUUGAGAGGGAGACAGCACUACAGGAGAUGGAGAUGCAAACAAACCAACCAAAUAUGUGCUCACCUCAGUGCAGCCCUGGUGGCGUUUCCAGCUGCAGCAACAAGGAAAGAAACAGAGAAGGAGAAGGAGGUGCCAGUGGCAUCUCUCCUCUCUUCCAUCUGCCUGCAGACUUCUUCCACCCUGCAGGAACAGCCAUCCCAGCACCUCCCCGCAGUAGGAGCCUGAGGUUAUCAAGGGGCCUCAGGCUGACCUCCCCAGCCUCCUGGGCUUCGCUCCGCUCGCCGGGAGCCCAUAGCAAGAUGCUCUGUACAAAGUACCCAUCCCACAGUGACUCAUCCCUUGCUACGGGCAGCUCUGAAGGCAGCCUCCAGACCACCCUGGAAGAAGGAUUGAGCUUCAGCGUUUCUCCACCACAGAACUUGGAGUUGCCAACAGCUCCCUUACCACUUGUGUGCCCACUCCCGCUGCCGGAAGACAGCACCACCAUCUCUUCCCCAAUCCAGACCCUGAGACCGAGGCCGAGCCCCUCAUCGGCUUUAACCCUCCAGGCCACUAGGGGUCACCAGCGGAGCCAGAGCAGCGGGCGAGGUAGCACCAGCCCAGGCUACACCCGUGAUGACUCAAUUGACCCUUCAGAUGAGGAUCUGGGCAUCGGCAUUGGAUCAUCAAUUGGUGGUUGUGGCUCCAGCCAAGCGGGCAACAGUGAACACUUGUCAGAGACACUGAGCAGCUUGUCGCUGACAUCACUGCUGUCGCCCAGCUCCCUGGUGUAUCCCGGAGGAGCAGUGAAGAAGUGCAAUAGCACAGGCAGCCUGGACCAAGGGGGGAUGCUGCUGUCAUCCCGGGGAAGGGAGGGCCGCAGGGAGAUUCUGGGCCUGGAGCUUAUGGACCCCCAAGGCUUCUUGGCCAACCCCUGGACAGGGGUAUUAGCUGAGACAAGAAGAGGAGAUGGAAGAGGGGACAUAGGUGAUGGAGAGCACGGGUUCAAAGGGAAGAGCUCAAGCCAAACAACAGUGGGGCCUUGUCGGAAAAACAGAUGAAACCUACCUAACUCUUACUUUGUGUCUCCAUUCCUUGGAUCUAAACCCAUUGCUGUCCCUUGCACUCUCUCUGCUCCCAUCAAUGAGAGAGAGGCUUGAUGACACAUGAUGUCCUGUAUUCCAAACCCUCAUCUUGCCCCGUCAACCCCUCUCUAUACAUUUGUGACAAGCCCAUUUCCUAUUUUGUGCUACCUGGGGGAGUGGUCUUGGUUAUGGUCUCCUGGUGAGGAUGUACAGUAGCCUGCAGAGUUAAGGCCCAAGGGCUGAAGAUAGGCCCUUAUACACCUCUUGGGGGUUGUAUCUAUAGAGGAGGCCAUGGAAGGCUCUUCUCACAUUGGGAGACCAGGAGGCCCUCUCAUAUCAGAGUUAAGUUAGGAGCAGAGACAAAAGAGCUUAAACUCACAGACACAAGUCUUGUUGUUGCUCUACUGUUGUUUCCUUUUCUCCAUGUCGGCGAGGUUGAAAAAUGCAAAAAUAGAAGUGUCCAAACUGAAAUAGCUAUCCAUGCCAACCGAAACCGUUUUGAUUUGUGUAUGUCUGUGAGGCAGUGCAACAAGUAAGUGGGAGGAGGCCCAGAGAUGGCAGAAUAUAUCAAGGCGGAAGGAAGGCUGGAGAAGGAGAAGUCAGGUCAUUUGUUUGGCUGGGAAAGCAGAAAGCGGAUAUAAUGUCCAUCUGUUCUGGCAGACGGAAACAACAGGUCCUACUCACUCUGGCGCAGGACCUUCUGCUGAGAUCAGAGUAAAAUGCGAGGUGGAGGAGAGUUCAAGAGUGUGUGCUCGUAGUGUGUGUUUGUGUGUGAGAGCACUGCCUCAGGUAUCCAAGGCAUGAAUUAAAUCAUUCUCAUCACUUCACCAUACCUCUGUAUUUUCGAGAGAGGAGAUAAGUAUUGACUGAUCAAAGCUUUGUGCCUCUGUCAACUCGGUCUUGAGUGGCGGCGGAAAAUGAAAAGAAAUUGACGGAUUGCAGAGGUAUAACCUUGCAUGGAGUGAUUCGUGAAAUUGGUUUAUUUUUCUCUCUAUCUCCAGCAUCUCUCACUCACUCAAACUUGAAGAAAAAUGAGUAUGAAAGAGAGCUAGGUCGGAUAGACUUUACAACCCCCCCCCCCAUCUGAAGAAACAAUGAUGCACGUUUGUGGCAGCCUUGUGUGCACCAAAAAAAAAAAAUGGUUCACAGCUACAUAACAAAGCGAGACUUCAAGCACACUCCUUUUUGACACCACUUCCUCUCACCAAGGAUUUGAGAUGAACGGACAAAACCACAAAGGUUUGCGAGGGACCUCGACUGCAUGAUGGAAUUGCAUUUAACCAAGAUUUUUAUCUAUAUACAGAGUGUAUCAAGAUGUCAAUGUCGGGUGAUAACCAUGUGAUUUCUAUUCCACUAUUUUUGUAGAAAAGAGAAUAGGCACGUGCAAGUGUUGCCGUUACUUUGUUCCUAUUUCAUUUAAACCCAUACAAUCUCUUUGACUUGUUGUCUAGGACUUUUUGUCUGCCAGUGGCUUCCAGUUUUAUAACAUUUUUUAAGGUGUGGACAGUGUAUAAAACAACAAAGCAAAAAAUUUCAAACAAACUUUGUGCGCUGAAGUGAUUGUUCCCUCCAGCACAUUUCUCUUUGGGAACACUGGUUCCUCUUGGUUUUUUUUUUUUUUUUUUUUUUUUUUUUUUUCCACAUGUUGGAGUCCCAGGGGACAGAUGGGAACAGCCAUAUUCACUCAGCACAUGAGGAUCGUUCUGGCUCACAGACAUUCCUGGCUGCACACAGGGAACUUUGUUUGCUUUUAGCCUCCUAUGCUAAAAAAAAAAAAAAACCAUGAAUAGUGUAAACCAUCUCUAUGAAAGCUUUAAUUUGAGAGUUACACCACAACAUAUCGAUUAUGGACACAUUAGUGUUCCUUAAGCAUGGUUCUGGGAUUGCAAUACAGUAAUGCUUAUUCUUGAAAUGAUGCACUCAUCUUCUCUUCCCCCAUCUCUCCACACAUACAGUAUGUUGUAGCAAACCCUUUCACACACCACAUUGUUUCAUAUCAAAAGCUGACACUGUAACAAAGAACAAAACUUUGCAUCUUUUCAUGCAAAAUUACUUUGGCUUUUGCCGCUUGAUUAAUUACUCCAAUCCAAAAAUGAGAUGCUCAUCUUAAAGCCUGAUUUCUAGAGGUAGACUGUUGUAUCCCUAGUGUUUUGAUCAUUACCUUACUUUUUUAAUUUCUCAAAAAGAAUGAGGUGAUGUGAGAAAAUCCGAGGGGUUUUUUUAUCAUGCAAAAUCACUUUGAUGACUAUGUUUUAUCACAUGGUGUUGGGUAUUAAUGAGUGAUAGCAAAGACAGUUGUGUGUGUGUGUGUGUGUGGGUGGGUGUGUGUGCGUGUGUGUUUAUGACUUCAGGUGAAGUAGUGAUUGCCUUUUCCUGAAGUGUCCUGUUUGUCCAUGAGGAUACCUGAGAAGGUUGAAGAGGGAAAAUACGAAACAACCAAGGGCUGUUUUAGCUUGAAAGAUAUAUCCUCUUAUCUUUCUGAGACAAAUGUCAAUGAAUAUGGCAUCAAAGGUUAAAGCCUGACUACACAGCAAUAAAUGUUCUAUGUGUAUGCCCUGAGUAAAUGAUGUCAAUGUGAUUUUUAUCUCCUCAGAAUAUAACAGUAUUCAUUACUGUCUGUUGUUGCUUCUACUUGUCUGAACUUACAACCAAUCAGAUAGCACCUCUGCCCUCUCAGAGACCAAUCAGUCUCAGUUAGUAGUGAGAUGGGCCGCAAUUGGACUAACAUGAACAAAUUAGGUUAUUGAACUCAGGUCGGGGGGUAAAAACCACUAGUAAAAUGUUAGAAAUAGUUGUAAAGGUGUGCUCAGACUAAACACAAAGCGAAUUUUCACCUCGCUUUAUGCGCACAACUUUAACUGCUGGAGUGCACUGGAGCCAAUGCACCAACAAUACAGAUGUUAGCUGCAGCUAGCUAACAAUGUGUGUGAGUGGAGUGUGCCUUUGUACAGUGUGUGUGUGUGUGCUACAGCUCAGACUGAUUUCAAAACUUACCACAACUCAAGUUUUUUUUUUUUUUUCUUGUCUCUGUACAUUCAUGAAUUUGAGUACAACCGCUUGGAGAAAUAUCUCACUCAAGUGUCAACAUUUUCAACUUGUGCGUGUGUUUCAAUUCACUCUGCCUAGAGCGAACCUGUGUCCAACUGCGACUCUAUACUGAAUUUGUAUGCAAUCAUGCUGCCUCUAAAAUUUGCUUUGUGUUCAGUCUGAACACACCUUAAGAGUGUACAAUUCACAUUUGUACAUAUCUUUGUAUUUUGAUCUGCAUGUGUACAUUGCUGCCAGUGACCAUGAUUAUAUCAUUAGUAUGCAUUUCAUAAAAUUGUACAAAGUUAGAGGGAAUGCCCCGGUGUUUUUUGACUGCUGCUAUGAAACCACACACACAAAAAAAAAAUCAGUUGGAGACACAAAAGCUUUUUUUUUUCCAACAUAUCCUUAACAUGACUGUAAAAUGAUAAAAUAUGACAUUUUUGGUAAGUAAAAGCUGCUCAGUCUGCUUUAUCUUUAUACCUGUUAUUACAAUUAAGUUAAUAACUAUAUGACAUGACAGCAGGGGGGGAAAAAAGUUGAGUCAGGAUAGUUUAAAGCAGAGAAGAGAAAGCCAGAGACAGGACAGGGGCACGAAAGCCGGAAGUAUAUAGUGUUGACGUGGACAGCUGCACAGCGUAAAGCUAACAGACAGUGUGAGAGACCAAGGUAGUGAGAUGCUUCAGAAGCAGGAGACUUCUCCAGACAGCUUGUCAUCGGCAGCCUCGCCCAGUAGAGCCGCCAGCACGAGAGAGAGCACAUUAGGCAUGCAUGCUGAACUCUGAGGUGUUGUUUACCUCACACCCCCCCCAACCAGCCAGCCCUCCACCUCAUGUAACCUCUCAAAAAACCAGCUCUCCCUCAAGGCUCCUGUCCUUCAAAUGUCACUGCAGGAGGGUGGAGCUCACACCUGAGUCUUUCCCGACACACACACACACACGCAUACAUCAAGGCCGUGUAUGGAAACCAGGUCCUGUCAUCCGUCAAGGCUAACUGCCCAGGGAGUUGUCCAGGCCCAUCGAUUGUAUCUCGGGCUCCAGGGAGACAGCCAGAUAAAGGCAGGUUGAGAAGGAGGCACAACAAAAGGAUGAAUGAGGUGCCACUGAAAUGAGCUGGCUGUAUAAGAUCAGGGAAACUGGCAGUCAAUCUCCAGACGAUACUUAAACUCUCUGAAAUCUAAACCAGUUCUGAGGAUUUUUUUCUCUCAUUUGAGUGUCUCUUUAUCGUUUGCCUCUGCCUCUCUUUUCUUUCCCAUUAACAUCCUUUUUUUCUUACCUUUGACUCACACAGAAAGCUGCUCUCUCUCUUCUCUGUCAUCACCUAAACUCUACUUUCUGUGACUUCAGAGGAUAAAUUAAGCAGCCAUUAGCAGAGAAAGGGAAGUGGCGACAGCUGAAGCGGUGAGAUUGGGAACAUUGCUGAUGCCGCUAGUUUCAGCCUCACCGCGCUUUCAUCAUGAUGGAUGAUUGACUGGCUUUCUCAACACCUGGCCCGCUGUUUUGUAAGAUAAUAGUGAAAAAUAAUACAGUAACAACUCUGAGUGACUGGUUUAUGAUUUGAGAGAUUUAUUCAAAGUGAGCUCCGGUGGUUCAGUGACACAUAGGUAGGGUUGUGUUUGCAACAGCCAGAUUUGAAAUCCCUGUUCAAGCUGUCACAUCUCUCCCUCGUCUGAAUUUGGAACUCUGCAAUUUCCUCGAACAUGAAGACAACUCUGAAGGUUGCAAAAGCCAGGAAUCCUCUUAUUACAUCUGCUGCUGAACAGUAAGAAUGACUGAGAGCAUCAGGAGGGGACAGAUCCAAAAAGACAGGGAGCGCAUGAAAGCGAGAGACAGACAGAGACAAAAGAAUGCAGAGAACAGGUGGAAAGAUGAAUGAAGCUGAAACAAAAUGAAGUACAGGAGAAAGGUGCUUGAAGGAGCCGAGGAAGUGAAACUGAAGCCAACACUUCAUGCACAGGAUGUAUCCAUACUGAAAUAACACUCUGCCCUGUCUGCAUUCACAAAGAGACUCGAGUGUGGUAGAGCCCAGGUGAUUGCAACAGAGCUUGCUGGAAGUGAACCCCGGACAGCCUGUUUGAGGGACAAGAGAGAACAGGGCAGAGUGAAUCAGCCAGGAGGAGGCCGGCCGUACUCAGUGUCCAGCAUCGUCUGUAAUAUCCUUGCCGGGAAUGAGCAUGGAGCUGAUUUGCAUGAUUACACAGCAUCCGCCAGACAGCCAGCGCUUCAUUACUCACCGCGAAACGCACACAGGAUGAUUACAGGAAAAUGAUUCCACGCACACAUAAAUGCACCUUCGCUGAGACAGUGCACACAAAUACUGUACAUCAGAGUAAUGCCUUCUGACACUGUUUAUAGCUGAGCGGUGGUGAGGGUGAUGACACACCCAGACAAGCUUGUGUUUAAAGACACUUAAAUCUUCAGGUAUUUCAAAAGCUAUAGCUCCGAGCCACGUCGCCAAUUAGCAUAAGAGCCUUGCUUGUUAAACCUUGCCUAUCACUGACUCAUCUGUAUAAUCUCACUGCUGGGCAAGCAUAAAAGACAACGCUGCUGGCCACAGAGCAUCAGUGGACAGGUACAUGACUGAUCUCUGAACAAGGAAAGAGGUACGAUCGAUACAGAGCUAUUGAAGCCCAGGAUCAAUAGGAGGCCAAAGGAUUCACAAUGCAAGAGGCCACCUCCCAACAACCUCCCAUAGCUUCAUGGUGUGAGAGCAGUGCAUUAAAGCUUGUAAAAUGUA